UCAUCUGGUAACACUUAAUUUUUACGACACACACAAAAGCUGUUUUGAUUGAUGUAAUUUUGAAAUAAUUUAGAUUGAAAAGGUGUAGUUUAAUUUAAUGCAGACGUAAAAGGAGGCCAACUGGGAUUACACAUUUCAACCGACAAGUGAUUCACCUGGCAACCAUGUCGGAUCCGAACAAUUCCUACUGUCUGGUGGUGGGGAACCGGACUUCGUUCUUCACAAGCGCCUAUAAUGGCAUACCGGAAACUCUAAUUCUGAACACAAUCUUUUGGGUGCUUCUUAUUAUGUUAUUCACGACGCUGCGUCACCAGGCCGGAGACUUUGGACGCCUGGCACUUGUUAAUAGCAACGGAAAUAAGAAGCGCUGGACGGAGAUCUUCUACUCGCGGGCAGCCAGUGUGGUGGAACCUCAACCGAGCACGAGUCAAGUUUCGCCUCGGCCCAGCACCGCCUCACAGCCCUCCGCCGACUCGACACCUCUCUCGCCAGUCCAGCCUCCCGAGGAAAGUAUCUUCGGGUGGAUCAAGAUCACGCUUAAGCUGCGCAAGGAGACGAUACUGCUGCACACAGGCCCUGAUGCAGUCCACUACCUUUCCUUCCAGCAGCAUCUGAUGGCUGUUAUGGCUCUUGUUACCCUCAUUUCGCUGGCAAUCAUCUUACCGGUGAACUUUUUAAACGGACCCACUUCAACGGCGUUUGAUGUCAACUCAUUUGGCCGGACCACAAUGGCGAACCUCGCGGUCGACUCCCCAUGGCUGUGGGUGCAUACGAUAAUAACCAUUUUAUACGUGCCGCUCGUGGUACUUAUUAUGCGACGGUCUUCUGGUCGGAAUGCUUUCAAAAAGGCCGCCACCCGCACUAUCAUGAUAUCAAAUAUUUCGUCUAGCGAUCGCAACAAGACGGUGGUGCGGAACUAUAUGCAAGAGCUUUUCCCCGAUGUGACCAUCGAGAACGUUACCAUAGCCUAUAACAUUUCCCGAUUGCACGUUAGAAACGCUGAGUUUGAGAGGGUUCACGAAGCUCGACUCUACUGCGAACAUCACAGGGACAAGGACACAUUGAUGGCCAAACCCGAAAUGUGUUCCUGUAAAAAGGAAAACGCGUAUGAGUACUAUCAGCGAGAGGAGCGCAAGCUAUCCGGCGAUGUGGCUCGCCUCCGCGCUUCAACCAUGAACGAGCCACUAGACAUUGCCUUUUUGACCGUUUCCACUGUCCAGGAGGCGCAGAACAUCGUGACACACUUCACACCGGGCACCUACCGGCAAUGGCACAUGAUGUUUGCUCCCUCGCCCGACGACAUCUUCUGGGAAAAUCUGAAUGUCAAUAAGAGCCACUGGUACCUGAAGUUUUUCUGCGUAAACGUGGUACUAUUCCUGUUUCUGUUUUUCCUCACCACUCCGGCCAUUGUGGUAAACCUACUAAACAACAAGCCCUGGCUAAAGGAUACGGAGGGAAAAAUCUCCCCCUUGAUUUCUGAAUUUUUGCCCACCCUAAUGCUGUGGACGUUGUCAGCUCUGAUGCCCGUGAUAGUGGCCGUUUCGGACAAGUGGAUGGGUCACUACACAAGAUCGAAACAAAACUAUUCGAUCAUGACCAAGUGCUUUGGAUAUCUGCUGUUGAUGAUCCUUAUUCUUCCAUCCUUGGGAUUGACCUCAGCGCAAGCUUUACUGGAAUGGGGAUUCAAGAAUGAGACUGGACGAUGGCAAUGCAUCUUCCUACCGGAACGCGGCUCUUUCUACGUAAACUACAUAAUCACUGCUGCCUUCAUUGGUACCGCUCUGGAGCUCCUGCGGUUCCCAGAACUGAUUGUCUACAUAUGGCAGCUACUAAAAGCCAACUCGAAGGCGGAGACGCCCUAUAUCCGAAAAUCAAUCCUGAUCGAGUUUCCUUUCGGCACGCACUACGCCUGGACUACCCUCGUUUUUACAAUCUCUAUUGUGUACAGCGUGUUCUGCCCGAUGAUUAUGCCCUUCGCCAUGAUCUACAUCUGCCUCAAGCACUUUGUGGAUCGUCACAACCUGUACUUCGCCUAUGGACCCUCGAAUAUGAUUUCUCGAAAAGGAGGCAAGAUCCACUCGACAGCUGUCACAAUGACCAAGUUCUCCGUUGUGAUUCUAGUAAUUGUCAUGAGCGUGUUUGCAUAUUUCCGCGGCGAAUCUGGAGUGCCCCGUUUCAUUCUGCUGAUCAUCACCCUGGCCAUUACCCUGACGCUUUUCACUUUUAUGUCGCCCAUAAAGCGGUGUGCUGCCACUCGACGACCCAGCAUAGUGGAGAUUGCUGGCCCGGCGCCAAUCUAUGUGCCCGACGUUCUUCGGGAUCAUGCGGUGCGGAACAGCAGCACUGUGAGGCCUUCGGUAGCUGGGUUUGGUGGCUACGGAUCAGACAGCGUGUCUGACUACGAUAGCUCGCAGUACAGCGUGAACAGCGUGGAGGCGUAGAUGGUAUUACCGGUCUCUGACGGUCUGAGACAUCGAUUAACAUUUUGAAAAUGUAUUUUUAAGAGCCAAUGAGAACUUUGCAAGUUAAUGGCUUUGAUUUGCAUAUGAGAGAGACGAACGGGGAUACCGGAGGAAGAAAUUGUGAUACCUAAACCAGCCUCAUUGUCGUUUUUGAUAUUAAAUUGCACGGAAUCGCGACCGAAAUAUUUAUUACCAAAUUGUAAAUAGAACUAAUUUUAUCUGUAACAACUGUAUAUAAACUAUUCAUUUGCUGAAUGCUAUUCUUUCUGGGCAUCUAUGCUUGUAUAAUUUUAUAAUUAAGGCAAUGAAACAGUGUGCAUUAUUAUAUUUUCACGUAAUUUUUUUUUUAUUUAUGGUAAAUAAAAAAACUAUUUAGUUUA